GCGCGCCCUCGCGACGGUCGCCUCUGCCGCGCCGCGCGCGCGAGCGAGCGAGCGCGCGAGCGGGCCGGCGGCCAGCCGCGGCAGCUGGGCGGCGCUGGCGGCCGCGUCGCAGGGCCAUGGCGGAGACCGCGGAGAACGCCGCCGACGACGCGGCGCGGGCGGUCCUCCGGCGAGGCGGCAGCAUCACCGAGGAGGACGUGCUCCCAGUCCUGCGUCGGCUGUUCAAGGUGAAGUGGCACCAGAGCAGUGGAUCCCUGGGGUCGCCCAGUGGCGUCGAGGCCUACCAGGGGGACCGCGCGGGAGGCGUGGAGAGGGCUGCCCGCGGCGCGAAGCACGAGACCGUCAUCGUCUUCGACUGGGACGACACCGUCCUCCCCACCUCGUGGCUGGAGCGGCUGCACGCGGCGGCCUGCCGCGGGCAGCCGCAGCCCAGGGCCGAGCGGUACAUGGCGGAGCUGUGCGACGCGGCCUCCGAGACCCUGCGGCUCGCCGAGACGCUCGGGGAGGUGAUCUUCAUCACCAACAGCGCGCCGGGAUGGGUGCUCCAGUCCUGCCAGCAGUUCAUGCCGCAGCUGCUGCAGCAGAUGCGCGAGUACGACAUCUACGCGAAGCCCAUGAAUGCGCCGAUCACGUUCAAGACCGGCGCCUUCCAGAGGGAGUGCAAGCCGUACCGCAACGUCAUCUCCGUGGGGGACGGCGACGCGGAGCGUGCGGCGAGCCUCCACCUGCAGGCCGAGAUUGGGCGGAGGGGCUCGCUCGGGGGCGACGGGCAGGCCCCGCAGCUCGUCAAGUCGGUGAAGCUGAUGGACUUCCCCACCUGCCAGCAGCUGAUAGCGCAGCACGACAUGCUGCAGGCAAAGCUGGCGGAGGUGGUGGCCGCGAGCAGCUCCCUGGACCUCAAGGCGCGCGUCCCGGGCGCCGCCGCCGGCGCCUUCCGGGCGCCCGCCACGGAGCCCCUGGGGCGAGGCCGCGAGGCAGGCGCCUGCCAGCUGGUGCACUUCGCGGCGCAGAGGCCCCUUCGCUACAGCGACAGCACGGCUGCGCUGCCGCCGCUCGGCCGUGGCGGCGACCAGCCCGAUGCCGAGGGCCCCAGCGCGCGCGACGGCGAGGCAGCCCGCGCGGCCUCUGCCGGCGAGGCCGCGCAGGACACGCCCCGCACGCCCAGCGCGGGCCCGCCGAGCGCGGAGGAGAGCCCCGGCAACCGCGCCGCCCGCCUCCUGCCGGUCGGCCCCGCCCCGGGCGCGCCCCGCGCGGUGGCCCUGGGGAGCCCAGGCGCGUGGAAGGUGGACGGAAUGUGCCCCGUAUGGGGCCACGCAGCUUUAGAUCCCGCCGCACCCCGCCGCACCCGCGCCCUGCGCUCCGGCUCCGGAGUGCGGCUCGCCGGGGGGUGGGCGUCGCUUUGGGCGGCACGGCGCUGA